AUGGAGCUCCAGAACGGUACGCUGACCUGCCUGCCAAUCGCCCCCCUUGCCGUCCCCCAGCUGAGGGAGGCCUUGGGCUUCCGAUCGGCGAAGCGCCGCGCCGAGCACGGUCGGUGCCGUCCGGCGCGGAUCGCCGCGCGCGAGGCUCGGCCCAGAUGGCGAGUCGCGACGCGGGCGGCCGAAGCGGAGAGAGAGGCCGUGGCGGCGAGGCGGGAGGAGAACGGCAGCGGCCGCCAGCUGGUGGUCGCGGUGGACGACUCUGAGGAAUCCGAGAAGGCGUUGAAAUGGACCGUGGACAACUUCUACAGAUCCGGUACGCAGAGUCCCGACACCAAUGCUGCGGCACCCAGGCAUUAUGUGCAUCGGAUCCAUGAGGCUCACAAGGAUGGCGGCCCAAUGAUUGUGACAGCCCCCAAAACUUUUAUCUGUUCUUACCUUGCAUCACGGCCAUCUUGUUGGAAACCAAGGGGCGCUGUGCGUGGGGCUGUGAGACGGCAUGAAUGA